AUGCCACUUGAAUUUGUUUUAAGCCAGAAGGGCAACCAACAGUUGAUCAAUAAAGGUGUUGUGUAUACCACGGACAAAAUCAAAGAAGACAAACACAUACCCAUAACUGUGUUAUCGAGACCAGCAUUGCGAAUUAAAGAAAUCGUUGAAGACUUUGGGAAUCGCGACACCUCCGAUUAUUUGCAGGGAAAUGCUCAUAAUUUUCAAUCCCAAUCUUGCUAA